CACGGGUGCGCGGCGCGGCGGCGUGGCUCGCGGGGAGGCGCGGCACUCGGGCGGCCGCCGCCGCGCGCUCCGCCCGCACCAUGUCGGUGCGCGUAGACCAUCGCGACCGAGACAGGUUCUCGAGGCAUUCUUCCCGCGCUUCUGUCGAUCUAGCUUUCCCAAGUAGUUCUACUCGCGACCAUUCUUUCCGCUCGGUGCAUUCGGCCCGCGUGCCGCGAGCAGCUAGCGAUGACUUGAUGGUGCCUGUGCGCACGCUGCGAUCGGCUUCGUGUCGCGUGGCUCCCGGUGCACCUCAUCGCCUUCGUCGCCACCACUCGUCGGCAGCAGAAUGCGAGCGCGCGCGCCGCUCCCGCCGGCACACGCUCGAGCUGCCCAACAGCCGAGGGCCGAGCGUCCGCAGCCGCUCCCCCGAGCCGCCGCCGCCACCGCCCGAGCCAGAGAUCCCACCAGAGGACGCCGGGAAGGAGGCUCGGAGACGGCGCGUCGUGGCGGCCGUCGCGGCCUCGUUCUUCGCGCUGGCGCUGGCGUCAGUCCUGGUGGUGGUGGUGACGCUGACUCACAGCUCUGUGCUCCGCGCACACAACCAAACGGCCAAUUCGCCAGGAGAACGAGCGCAUGAUGCACGACGUCCUCCAGGCGGGAGUCUUAAAUCGCACCCAGUCGUCGGCGUUGCGCUGACGCCGCGCUACUCGCCGCGGCCGCGCCUCGACAACGUGCGGCCCGCCGCCGCGCCGCCCGAGGAGCCCGCCGAGCCGGACCCCGAGCCGUCCAGCACGGCCGAGCCGCCCGAGCCGCCGGCGCCGCUCCGCCUCGCGGUGAGCGCAGCCCCGGCGGGCCCCACGUGAGCCCCUCCGCCACGGCCUGCUGCCGCGUCCGCCGUGACAUACACGUACCCACAGCUGUGACGCCUAGGUAUGUGAACUGAGAGAAUAAUCAUAGACAUAGAUAAGUUACUCGUUCGCGAAUUGAGAAUUUGAGAGUGACGAAAUGGACGUGUAGGUAGCCAAUGUGAAAUUGUGAACAAAUAGUAAAGAAUGAAAAUGUUAUUGUUGAAACGUAUCGGAUAGGAUGUAAAAGACAGCAAGUCAAUAAUCCACGAUAGUUAUUAAAUAUGCAAUUGUCUUAUAUGUUAAGCCUACAUUAUGUGGAACUAAAGGAAGAAAUAUAAUUUGCAAAUUUAACAUCACCUGUAUUUCGCACAGAAAUUAAAUAUGAAUGAUUACAUUAUAAAGCUAAGAUUAACGAUAUGUGUCUGCCAGAGAACUGUGCAAGGGGUUGCGGUUAGAAUGUUGGAUGUUUGUAAGUAUGAUAGCAUAACUGUAAUGCGACACAUAAUAUAAAAGUACCAACUUCAAACGGGAACAAUCACAACUACAAUAAGGACAAGUUAGAUUUCUUUCUUUAUUUUGAUAUAAAGUUAAAAUUAAUGUUAAUAUUUGCUGGUGUGGAAAUAGUGCCAUUAUAAUGCACAAUGAAGUAAUAUAAAGCCCGCAUGUAUAGAUAACUCCUCUAGCUAUCAAACAAGACGAUGAAUUUAAUAGGAAACUUUAAUGACGUAUGUAUAACUAAAAAUUAAAGCCUAUAAUUUUUAAUCAAGGAGCACAAUAUAGUAUUAUUUUCUUAAUCACAGUACAACACACUAAUGUAUCUAAUAUUCUUACUGUAUACCAUACAAGUUUAUAUUUCACUAAGUGAGUCUUAACUGAGCUUGAGCACAAUAAUUUUGAGUUACUACUUACUGUUAAUAUUGAACUCCCAAUUGUUCAACUCUAUCAAGAGCUUUCGAAACUGCGCUUAAAAUAAUGAAAAAAAAAUCUGUUAAAAAUAAGAGCUUUUUGUAUAGUAGUUGUUGUAGUAUUAUUCUUACGACAAGAAAAUUCUUGUAAGUAAAAUAGAGGUGCAAAAAUCAGUGUCGUUCGCUCCGAUGGAUCUGUCGUAUUUAAGUAUUGACUUGAAUGCAGUGACGCGAGCGGUUAGGUAGAAUAUGUAUUAU